GCCCUCUCCCGUCCAUUGUUCUCGGUGCCCCUCGGGCCGGGGCAAAUUGGAGGGGUAGGCUGGGGCCAAGGAGGUGCUUUCCGCUCCCCGAGCGGCGGCGGCCGCAGUGGGAUCCGGUCUCCGGAAAGCAGGACUGCUGAUUGCCCUUGAAGGUGUCUUCUCAGUAUGCCCGGAUGAUGAUGGCUGUACUUGGAAACUAGAAGCCUGAGCUUGAUUGACCAGAGAACUAGAUGAUGGCUGCAGAGGUACCAAGCAUGACCACCAGUCUGAACCUACUCGUCCAGGCGCCUCAGGAGAAUGAACAGGAGAUGGUCACUACCACAAUGCUGGAGGACGACUCCUGGGUGCAGGAGGCCAUCCUGCAGGAAGAUGGUCUUGAGUCUGAGCCCUUUCCCCACAGUGCCCGGAAGGGUGGCUCUCAGGAGGAGGUAACUGGAGGUCCUCCAGGUGCACUUGGCCGUCUAAGAGAGCUUUGCCGGCGCUGGUUGAGGCCAGAGGUGCACACCAAGGAGCAGAUGCUGACUGUGCUACCAUGGGAGAUUCAAGCCUGGCUGCAGGAGCAUCGGCCUGAAAGCAGUGAGGAGGCCGCAGCCCUGGUGGAAGACUUGACCCAGAGCCUCCGGGAUGGUGAUUUUGAGAUCCCAAGUGAAAAUGGGGAGAAUGUUCAAGAUACGUUUGAAGAUGUCUCUGAAGGGGAAGUUACUCAGCAGUCUGACUGGGAAAGUGACAUGGAGAGAUACUGUGGACUUCGAAGUCCCCAGGGAAACACCCCAGGUGUGGGCCACAGGGAAGGGCGCUCCCAGGGCAAGGAAGCUGGGCAGCUCAUUGGCCUGCAGGGCACCUACCUGGGUGAGAAGCCCUAUGAGUGCCCCCAGUGUGGGAAAACCUUCAGUCGGAAGUCCCACCUCAUAACGCAUGAGCGGACCCACACGGGAGAGAAAUACUACAAAUGCGAUGAAUGUGGGAAAAGCUUUAGUGAUGGUUCAAACUUCAGUCGACACCAGACUACUCACACGGGGGAAAAACCGUAUAAAUGCAGGGAUUGUGGGAAAAGUUUCAGCCGGAGUGCAAACCUGAUAACCCACCAGAGAAUCCACACAGGGGAAAAACCCUUUCAGUGUGCUGAAUGUGGCAAGAGCUUCAGCAGGAGCCCCAAUCUCAUUGCUCAUCAACGGACUCACACGGGAGAAAAACCAUAUUCCUGCCCUGAGUGUGGAAAGAGCUUCGGCAAUCGGUCCAGCCUCAACACACACCAGGGCAUCCAUACGGGAGAGAAGCCCUACGAAUGCAAAGAGUGUGGGGAGAGCUUUAGUUACAACUCCAACCUGAUCAGACAUCAGAGAAUCCACACAGGAGAGAGACCUUACAAGUGUCCGGACUGCGGGCAGAGGUUCAGCCAGAGUUCGGCCCUCAUCACUCACCGGAGGACUCACACGGGAGAGAAGCCUUACCAGUGCGGUGAGUGUGGGAAGAGCUUCAGUCGCAGCUCCAACCUGGCCACGCACCGGAGAACGCACAUGGUGGAGAAGCCCUACAAGUGUGGGGAGUGCGGGAAGAGUUUUAGCCAGAGCUCCAGCCUCAUUGCACACCAGGGCAUGCACACUGGGGAGAAGCCCUAUGAGUGCCUGACGUGUGGGGAGAGCUUCAGCUGGAGCUCCAAUCUCAUCAAGCACCAGAGGAUUCACACAGGUGAGAAACCCUAUAAGUGCAGCGAGUGUGGGAAGUGCUUCAGCCAGCGGUCACAGCUGGUAGUACACCAAAGGACCCACACCGGCGAGAAACCCUACAAAUGCCUCAUGUGUGGCAAAAGCUUCAGCCGUGGUUCCAUUCUGGUCAUGCACCAGCGGGCCCACUUGGGUGACAAGCCCUACCGGUGUCCUGAAUGUGGAAAAGGCUUUAGCUGGAAUUCAGUUCUCAUCAUCCACCAAAGAAUCCACACAGGGGAGAAGCCCUACAAAUGCCCCGAGUGUGGCAAAGGAUUCAGCAACAGCUCUAAUUUUAUCACGCAUCAGAGAACUCACAUGAAAGAGAAACUGUUUUGAAGUGGCAAAGAGGGCAGUGAGGGGCUGACCCAGGAGAUAGAACUGCAGUGCUGUCCCAGAGUAGAGGUAUCGUUUCCUUCUCUUCCUCUCCUUCAUGCUUUUUGGGUCACACCCAGCAAUGCUCAGGGGUUACUCCUGGCUCUGCACUCAGGAGUUACUCCUGUCAGUGCUUAGGGGACCAUAUGGUCAGCUGAGUGCAAGGGAAACACCCUCCCCACUGUACUGUCACUCCGGCCCGAGGGGUGUCUUUUGGAAAGAGCCAUUCUCCCUAAUUUCACUUUGGUGAUUUUAACCAGCAUUUUACCCUGCUCGUCCUUACUGCUUGAUACUGUCCUCUCAGUGGUGGGAGUCAAAUCACUGAGAACAAAGUAUAGGGAGAGAAGGUGGAAAAGUGAGGUGUUUCUCAGUUGCACUUCCUGACUUGAUUUGUUCCCUUUCCUGAUCCUCUGUGCCUCAGCUUCCUCUUUGGUAGACCAAGGGAAGUAUUUCUCUGUGUGAAACAGAAGAUAGUGUGGCUCAAAGCUGAGCCCUCAGAGAAAUACUGAAAACCCAUUAGUGUGGCCUACUGCCAUUUAACGGGGCUAAGGUGUCUUCAUUCAGAGCUGCUGGAAUUCCAGGCCCUGCCGAUGGCAGCAUGCCCUGAGCUUUAAUUUCAGUUUAAGGGGGAAAGUUUUACCGGAGUCAUCUUAAGAAAGUAAAGCUCUUUUCCGCAUUCUGGAAAGUGCCAGGAAUGUUGAAACACGGAGUCUGGCAUAGUACCAGUGUCCCAGAAGCCUGCUAUUUUUAGGCACUGAGCAUGGCCUUGCACAAAAGGUUGGAAUAAAAAUUGUUUGUUUUUAUUUAUGCUUACUAUCAGCUACCAGGGAAGCACACUUUUUCUUGUGUAGCUUUUUUUUUUUUAAAAUAAGAAUUUUAUUUUAUUGAAUCACCAUGUGGAAAAUUACAAUGCUUUCAGGCUUAAGUCUUUGUCAUACAAUGCUGAAACAACCAUCCCUUCACCAGUGCACCAAAAGAAAACCACAGCACACCUCCCAUCCCGCCCCCCCCCCCCCGCACCGCCCCUGCCUUGUAACUGAUAAAUUUCACUUUACUUUCUAUUUACUUUGGUUACAUUCAAUAUUUCAACACAAACCUCACCAUUAUUGUUAGGAGUACCCCACUAGAGUCAGACCUGUUGUGAAGAGAAAUGAGGUUGCGCGGCCGCAAUAGCGGCCGCACGGUUUUGGAUUUCUGUACUUUAACAACUAAGUCCAGGGAGAUUUCUUCCGGAUAUUGGAUCAUUGCAAGUUUGUAAACCCCAUCUGUGGUCGUCAUAAUAUGGCGGUCCCCAUGCCCUUCAUCCCUGGAAAGGGAGAGGCGAAAGAGAGAAAUACCUUUCCCCUCCUGGGCGGGCAUGGGGUCGAGGCUUAGUUCUCAGGCUGGAGACAUUCUGCAAGGAGCUUCCCAUGUCAAAAGUGAUUUAGCUGGGUCUGGAUUCACACUCGUGCAGCUGCGGAGAGCUGCACACGCGUGUGGCCCCCGGGAUCACAUCUCGGCAGCGGCAGGAGGCUGUAGCUUUGAUUUUUGAGUGUGAAGUCAGCCUGCCCCAGCUCGUUUGUCCGACCAGAGGUCAGCCAGCCUGUACUGUGCAGGAUGGGCUUGUUCUGACCCCCACAGAUGUGUGAUCAUCAGUCUGUACACUUAUUGGUUAUUCUUAUGUUUUCUUUGGAGGGGGAGAUAUGGGGGAGCUUUUUGGGUCACACCUGGCGAUGCUCAGAGGUUACUCCUGGCUCUGCACUCAGGAAUUACUCCUGGCAGUGCUCAGGGGACCCUAUAGGGUGCCAGGGAUCGAGCCCGGAUCUGCUGCAUGCAAGGCAAACACCCUACCCGCUGUAUCAUCACUCUGGUCCAUUCUUAUGUUUUCUAGUCUAUAUAUGCAUGUCCAGAAUUCUGUCGGAUAUACCAAGAUUCUAAGGAAGAGUUAAGUCUGAGGACACAUAAUUUUUUCCCUGGAGAAAUUACUGCCCUUCAGCCAUCACCUUUGAUCUUGGGAUACUAUCAGGGAUUCACUCCUAGAACCUUGCAUUGUGAAAGAGGAAAGACAGCAGGGUAAGGGUUUGUUAUGAAGCAGAGAACAGAGGAAGCGAUUUGGGGAAUGGGAAACACUUGGGGCCUGAUUCGGGAAGGGCCUUUGUUCUUGCAGGAUGGAUUCCCAAUAUUGCCUAAUAAAGUAAAGUCCUAUUUUCUUGA